AGGUGUUUCUGCCAUGUCCCGACCAAGACCGGCUACUUCCCCCUUGGCUCUGGCGUCUAUGCGAUCCUAGGUAUCCCACGCGAAACGAUACAUGCAACGCAUCAAGCGUCUCCUGCCAGUGCCUGUGCCGUCUCCUGCUCCGGCCCCUGUCCGGCCCAUUGGCGCCUCUGAUUCGCCGACGACUGCCUCGCGGCACCAUCCAGUGCCAUCUCCCCUCCCUGCCAGAGUGCCAGAUCCCAUGCUUCGAGUGGGCGACUACCUCGUCCGCACAAUCUCCCGCGUUCUCGUCCUGGUCCAGUCGUUCCAGUGUCUCGGUCCCGCUGAGCCAUCCUCCUCGUCGAGUCUCUGCCGUCUUUCUCGUCUCCGUCCUUCAGGCCUCGUCUCACCAAUCGCUUCCUAUCUUCUUCUCCUCCUCCUCCUUCUCCUCUCGUUCUUUUCGCUUUUUUGCCCGUCUGGGAUCCGGCUUGUGGUGCUCGACUCUUCUAGUCCUGGGAGCUCAGUGAGGACGACCAAAAGUUUGCUACGAGACCUUGCCUUGUCUCACGCUGAUGAACCCAUGAAAUAUCUCCUUGCAUCUGCUUGUACGACGACGACAACGACGACGACGCUAGCACAGAAGCAUUAAUCUGCCAGGGGCUUGCAAGUACCACCAGAUUCUCGCCAGAGUGGAAACCGACCAGAUUCAGUCCAAGAGUCCGCUUCAUAUCCCCCGACCCUGCGACACACAGUCACGGGCUCUCGUUUCUUCCCGCGACACAACCUGAUCCGGCCAACUGCGAAAGGCUCUCUGUUUCCAUCUGUUCUCUCGGAAACAUCCAACAGGUGUUCCGUCAAUCAAUAAUUCUCCUUUGAUCCGACAAGGGCCGGCCCUCUUGGACUUCCAGAACGCGUACUCAUCAUUCACUCAUUGUUCUCAACCUUCUCUUUGAUUAGAGAUUUACUCAGCAUCAUCAACUGUCACUCAUUUUCUUUCA